AUAAAUAUACAUUUAUGGGGCGUCGUACGCGUGGAGUGCGGUCAGUCGUGUUUCUCAGGUAAAGCAUGGCUAAAAGCUUACGGAGUAAGUGGAAACGGAAGAUGCGGGCAGAGAAGAGAAAGAAGAAUGCCCCACGGGAGCUCAACAGACUUAAAAGUAUUCUCAGAGUUGACGGUGAUGCUCUGAUGAAGGAUGUCGAGGACAUAGCAACUGUGGUGGUCCCCAAACAGUGCCAGGGGAAAAUGCAGUGUACGGUGGACGAUGAAAAGGAAGACACAAAAAUGGAGACUGAACUGAAGAGAAACAAGAAGACCCUUCUAGACCAGCAUGGACAGUACCCAGUGUGGAUGAACCAGAGGCAGAGGAAAAGACUGAAGGCAAAGAGAGAGAAAAAACGGGGGAAAAGCAGAGCCAAGGCAGCGAAGGGCCUGGCCUGGUAGACCCUUGAGAACUGGAAAGUGGUGGUGCACGUGCCUUUAAUCCCAGCCCGCAGGAGGCAGACAGGCAGAGCUCCGUGAGUUCGAGGCCAGCCUGGUCUACAAAGCAGGUGCCAGGACAGCCUGGACUGUUACACAGAGAAACCUUGUCUCAAAAAAUCACAAAAAAAAAAAAAAAAAAGAAAGAAAGAAAGAAAAACUGGAAAGUGUUCAUGGGAAAGAAGUUCAGUUGUUAGGAAUGUCUUCACUGAUUUCAGCUCUCACUAAAUGGAAGCGAUUUGUUUUCAUAUUUUAGUUUGGUCUUAUAUCUGUAAUUCAAAUCCAGAAUAAUUGAUUUGUUUUGGGAACUUGAAUAAAUUACCUUCCGUGAUGAAAAAAAAUAUAU